AACAUUUAAUUAUUCCUGAUGCACUCUUUAAGGUGACGUCCCCUCUUGUAAAUGCUGUUUUGAGCAAUUAAUUUAUCAGAAAAGGUAAUCUAUUUUAUAAAUCAUUGUUUUCUAAUUAAUCUUUCAAGCAAACUGAGCAUUCAUGACUCCUUGGAGCAUUGUGGCCUUCCUUGUGAUAAUAUGCUGCGUCUCUGUCCUGUCAUUGAGAACAUAGUUAUGCUUUUAUAUUGACCCGAUCAUAUGAACAAUUCCAAACUAUUAUAAAACCUAAUAGUUGGGUGCAGCCCUAAAUGCAGCGAUGUCCUACCUCAAGUAUGUCCUUUAGCUCAUUCCCACCGAGGCUUGAAAUGAAAAGUGGCUUUGUGAAAUAAAACAGGAACAAGAACAUUUAACAAUGUCAUGGUUAUAUAUAUUGUACAUAUGUUAUUUCUUUUUUUCCACUGUUUUUAUUUGCCUCAUUUGAUACACGUCCAUGUCCCAGGUAUGGGACAUAGCUUUGUGUACUCUUCCAGAUGUUUCAGCAAUUGGUUUGUUUCAAGAUUUUAAAUGCAUUUGUUAUAUUUAUGUAAUUAUCUCAAUAUGUAUUCCAUGGUAGAUUAUACAAAUUCAAACUAGAUCUACCAUUUUGAAUGCAGCUCACAACAGUUUCGUUAGAGUUCAGUGUCCUUGAAGAUUCUUUUAUUGUGAAACGCCCCACCGGAAGCUGAGCGUCGAGCCCCGCCCCUCCCCCAACGAGCCACACGCUCGCCCCGCCGGUGCGUCGUCACUCCGCGCUGGAAGAUGGCUGCGGCGGACCGGCCCCCUGUCAGGGAAGGGCUCCGGAUCGUGUUCCUGUGUGUGGGCUGGUACACAGUGAGCUCGGGGGGCAACAUCGUCAACAAGAUCAUCCUCAAUGGAUUCCCGUACCCGGUCACGGUGUCGCUGUUCCACAUCAUCUCCAUCGUGGUGUUCCUCCCGCCGCUGCUGCGCGCGUGGGGAGUCCCCAAAGCGGAGCUGCCCAGCGGCUACUACCAGUGGUACAUCCUGCCGCUGGCUUUCGGGAAGUACUUCGCGUCUGUGACGGCGCACUUCAGCAUAUGGAAAGUUCCGGUUUCCUACGCGCACACCGGUGAGUACAGCCCGGCGUCACGCGGGGUCCUACCGGGAGGCCACCCGGUAACCUGCCGUUCCCCCCCCCCGGCCCCGGGCAAAGUAACCGGGGGGCCUGUUCCCGGGGAUGAGGCCUCAGUAGAGGAGCCUCUAACGAUGGGCGUGAUGGAGGACCGGCCCCUGCUGUGGCAGCUUGUGGUUGACUAUGAGCUGCACUUCCUGCUGACCCUCUCCGCUCUGCAGGUGUACGUGUCGCUCAUCCCCAUCAUCGGCGGCGUGCUGCUGGCCACGGCCACCGAGCUCUCCUUCGAUGUCUCUGGACUCAUCAGCGCUCUGGCUGCCACGCUCUGCUUCUCUCUGCAGAACAUCUUCUCCAAGAAGGUGCUGCGCGACAUAAAGAUCCACCACCUGAGGCUGCUCAACAUGCUGGGCUUCAACGCCGUCAUCUUCAUGCUGCCCACCUGGAUCCUGGUGGAUCUCUCCGUCUUCCUGGUGAACGGAGAUCUGUCAGAAGUCUCAGGCUGGACUGGCACCUUCGUCCUCCUCCUCAUCAGCGGCUUCUGCAACUUCGCCCAGAACGUGAUCGCCUUCAGCGUCCUGAACAUCGUGAGCCCGCUGAGCUACGCCGUGGCCAACGCCACCAAGAGGAUCAUGGUCAUCAGCAUCUCGCUGCUCAUGCUGCGUAACCCGGUCACCCUCACCAACGUCAUGGGCAUGAUGACGGCCAUCGUCGGGGUCUUCCUCUACAACAAGGCCAAGUACGAUGACAACAAGCUGAAGAAGCUGCUGCCCAGCGCCGCUCAGGACCUGGUGUCCUUCGAGCCGCCGGCGCCGGAGAAGCUGCAGGCCAACGGGUCGGAGCAGCAGCACAACUGGAACCACGAGCUCACCGACCACUUCCAGUACAGCCGGCAGGCCUACACGACGAACAGCAGCCAGUACGUGGUGUGAGGAGGGUCCUCCGGACUUUACCGAGGCGUCCUCCCAGCCGCCUGCUCCGAACUCCAGACUGAAGGCAAGUUGGUUCUGGAGGAGACGGGCUCCCCUCACAUCACCGCCGCUGUGUGACUGUAUUUAUUAGGUAGAGACCGUGUGGGACACCUGGGCCGCCCGUCUGCAGCCGUCCUCUCAGCCGGGGCUCGAGUAUCAUUUGCACCUUAAGGUCUGGAAAUGUUUUGUCUUCAGAACCGGCCGUCGUGGUUGUUUUGGGUUGUUUUGUUCUCUUUCAGAGGAAACGGAUGUCAGCUGUAAGUUAAUGUUCGUCGGGUAGCGGGGGGUCAGUGGCGGCGGAGGCUGGAGGUCGGUGGUGUUCAUGAGGCGCCUGUAACUGAGUGAGGAGAAACAUCUGAACCAUGAAACACGUGAGGCGGACGUGGACGUCAUGUCGGUCUGAUGACGUCAUCAGAGGUGACAUCAUGUCGGUCUGAUGACGUCAUCAGACGUGACAUCAUGUCGGUCUGAUGACGUCAUCAGACGUGACAUCAUGUCGGUCUGAUGACGUCAUCAGAGGUGACAUCAUGUCGGUCUGAUGACGUCAUCAGACGUGACAUCAUGUCGGUCUGAUGACGUCAUCAGACGUGACAUCAUGUCGGUCUGAUGACGUCAUCAGACGUGACAUCAUGUCGGUCUGAUGACGUCAUCAGACGUGACAUCAUGUCGGUCUGAUGACGUCCUGAGCGUCGGUGACUCAGUGACCGACGCUCAGGACGACCUGUGGUGACGUCGCUCUAGCGCCACCAUCAGGUCAACAUGCGUCCACCGCUUAUCUUCAGAACUACGAUUCCCAUCAGCCUCGGCUGUUAGCAUACUAGCAUGCUAUGCUAACAUGGUGCACGUGGUAAUGAAUAGCAUGUUGUCGUUGUGAGCAUGUUGGCAUGGCAACGGACCGAUCUCGCUUCACGACGUCACUACAAGAGCCUCAUGAACAGAAACGCCCAAAAUGUAAACGUCAAAAGAAACGUUGAACUGAUUCGUGUUUCACCGCCAACACACGACCUCGAGGAGGGUCAGAGUGAGACCAGGUCAGUCACACAGAACUGUCAAUGACCUCUAGGUGACCCCUUAAUUAACUCAAAACCCCUCAUGACCCCUCAGUGACCUCUCACCCCUCAAUGACUCCUAGAUGACCCCUUAAUGAACUAAAAAACCCUCGAUGACCUCUAGACCAGGGAUUCCCAAAGUGUGGGGGUGCGCGAGCUGCCUCUCGGGGGUGCGCGAGAGGAAAAAUGUAAUGGUGGUCUAAUGGUGUAAUAAUUAAUAUUAAACAUUCUCAGGGCUCUCAAGUGUCAUUUCGGUCUUAACCAGUGGCGUUCCUAGGCUAAAGCCCCGGAUGUUUUUUAAUUAGCCCCGAAUGUUAAUUAAAAAAAAGAUUUGGCACACAAGUGGUUAACACCUCCAGGUCGCACGUGACGUCAUUCACCCAAAGCAGCGGAGUCAGACUGGCAGCAGGCGCAGUAACAGCAAGCUGCUGUCUGAGAGUGUUUCUAUGUCUACACAUGUCGCUGCUUCACUCCUCUGGGCUAAGCCCAGCGCCGCCGCUCCCAUAACGCGCAUC